UGAAGAAGGGGGGGAGACGCAAUUAGUCACCUUGUGCGCUCCUGACAAGCUCCUGUACGUUAAACCGGGCGCGUUACAGCCGUUCACUCGGAAGUGCGCGUGAAGGGACAGCAGCAGCCAAUCUGAUCGACCGCACGCACUCUUUCCCUCAGAGCGCCGUUCUGCUGACUCAGUGCCUUAUCAGAGAGAACCGCUUCCUCGCCACCGAACAGACCCGAGACGCACCAGGCACCGCAACAACUCCCAGCCAUGGCCAAAACCGCGAUCGCAUACAAAGAGAAGAUGAAGGAGCUCUCCCUCGUCUCCCUCAUCUGCUCCUGUCUCUACCCAGAGGCACGCAAGAACAUCAUGGGCGAGUUUGAAGACAUGGAGGUGAAACCCAUUAACAAGCGGGCUUCAGGCCAGGCCUUCGAGGUCAUCCUCAAGCCACCCUCUCCCACGGUCGAUGGCUCCUACAGCAUCACCACACCUCCCAAAAAGAGGGACAUGUCUCUGGAGGACAUCCAGAAGAAGCUGGAGGCAGCCGAGGACAGGAGGAGAUCCCAGGAGGCUCAGGUCCUGAGGGCCCUGGCUGAGAAACGCGAGCAUGAGAGGGAUGUCCUGCUGAAAGCCAUGGAGGAGAACAGCAACUUCAGCAGGAUGGCGGAGGAGAAACUCAUCAUGAAGAUGGAGCAGAUCAAGGAGAACCGUGAAGCCCACAUUGCAGCCAUGCUGGAUCGACUGCAUGAGAAGGAGAAGCACGCUCAGGAGGUGCGCAGAAACAAAGAGCUGAUGGAAGAGUUGACAGCAUGAGCACAUCCCUCUACACCCACUGUCCCCUCACCCCACACCACCCCUCCCGUACCUGCGCGACCCCCUCUCGCCCGCCACCGCUGCCCGUGUAGAAAAGAGCCUCUGGCACCCCACCCCUGCCCCGCCCCGCCCGCCCGCCCUGCCCCCUCACCAACAGCAUCCUCCCUGAUAUAGUCCAGAAGACAAAAGGAACACCAUUACUCCAGAAAAAAAAAAGAAAUGUUUUUGAUUAAAUCGAAACCAGUCAAAGUGGGUGUGGUUUUUUUGUAAAUACUUCCUAUUUGUUUUAUAUGAGACGAUGAAAAGUAUUGAGGUGUGCCAUUUUAUAAGUUUCUCUCUGUAUCUAUCUUUCUCUUUUAGUGGAUGUACUCGUUUCCUCUCUCUCUCUCUCUCUCGCUCUCUCUCUCUCUCUAUCAGAUCUACUACAGUUUCUCUUGUACCAGGCUUUGGUGUUCGUGAGUUUGCUGGCCAGCAAUGUCUUCUCUAAAACCCAACGAUCAUUUUAGUGUCUCUAUGUCCAUGUGGAGAGAGUAAAAGCCGCCACAGUACAGUAAACACAGCCCUAACCGGUCACUAUCAUAGCAUUUACGACGUUCUCCAGCUCUUUCUUCAUACAUUUAUCAAAACACACACACACACGCAUGCAUCCGGUCAGCUUCAUUUAAUAAAAACGACGCGAGGAGCUGUGGGUUGAGUCACACCGAAGUCACGUGACGUCUCCCGACCCGUGUUUGACCGCAGUCUGGGUUGCAUUUUUGCUGACUGUGUAACAUCAACUUAGCCUUAAAUUCCUGAGAAUCGUUCGAAGUUCUCAUUUCUGUUUCUUCAAAGAUUUAGGUGAUUUCACAGGGGAUUUUAGGUGAUAAAAAUGGAUGGUGUGUGUGUGUGUGUGUGUGUUAAGAGCAGUGUGGGUGGACUGUGUUACCCUGUGCCAUUGCUCUUGUGUAAGUAGCUUUAAUGUCACAAACCUGCCCACCUUCAUCUUUCUCUUCCAGCUGUGCGAUUUAUUCCCUUCACACAUGUAACUUUGGGAGCAUAAGUUGUGGUGAAUAAAGGCUUGGGGUUCUUGGAAUGAGAA